AAAAAACACAGGAGCAAAAGUUUUUUUUUUUUUACACGAGGAUGGACGGAGUGAAGCGGUCGGACUAACGCAUUCAUUUAUCUAAAGGAAAACAAAAUAAGUUUGCUACUUAGGAGGACGAACCACGUCUUUGUUCGGAACAGAAUUCGGAACUUUUGUGACGUAAAAGAAGAAGGAACGUGUGUUUUUUGGGGAGAGUUUGGGGAAAAAUGUCUUCUUCGCAGGAGCUCGUCGCUAUGAAAUAUGUCGCCGUUCUGCUUCUUUUCACCGCAGUUGAACUCCUACACGGGAAUAUGGAGAGUUUAGAGCCGUGUCCGAGUCCCUGUACGUGCAGGGGCACUUUACUGGACUGUAGCCGGCUUACAAAUGGGUCCAAUCUUCAGAGACUCCCUUCCUGGAUCACGCAAGUGGACCUGAGCCAUAACAAAUUACAAACACUUCCUGAAGAGCUGCUUUCCCAAGCGUACCACCUAACCGAAAUAGAGCUGGAUAACAACAAAUUGAAGACGCUGCCGGAUUUUGGCCCUUAUUCUGGCAAUAUCAGCGUCCUCAUUCUAGCUAAUAACAAGAUCUCGAGCAUAUCAACGGAGCAGCUCAGAGCAUUGUCUGCGCUGGAGAUCCUGGACCUCAGCAGUAACAAGUUGGUGGACGUGAAGCGAUUCCCUACUCUGCCUCUGAAAAACCUGUUCAUGAAUUACAACCACAUCUCUGUGUUGGCGCCGGACUGCUUUAAGAAUCUAUCAGACACCCUGCUGUUGUUGAAACUGAACAGGAACCAUCUGAACUCCAUUCCUGCCAAAACCUUCCAACUUGACAACCUUCAGCACCUAGAUCUGAGCAGGAACCGGCUGCGACGAAUCAAAAGCUUGUCCUUCAACGGCCUUCCCGCACUCCGCUCGUUAAAUAUGCAGAGGAACCGUAUCGUGCGUCUGUUGGACGGAGCAUUUUGGGGCCUCAGCAAACUGGAUAUCCUGCAGCUGGACUACAAUAAUUUGACCGCAGUGAGUAAGGGUUGGCUGUACGGGCUGUCGUCCUUGCAGAAUCUACAUGUGGCUCACAACGCCAUCAGUCGCAUCAAAGCUGACUCUUGGGAACCCUGUCAGAAACUCGCUGAGCUCGACCUCGGCUCUAAUCAGCUGGUACGCCUGGAAGAGGGAAGCUUCAUGCGCCUGAGCGAGCUGAAGCAGCUCUUUAUUGGCUACAACCAGGUCAGCUUCAUCGCUGACGGAGCCUUCAGAGACCUCACCAGUCUGCACACGCUGGAUCUGGAAUAUAAUGAGAUUUCCUGGACCAUUGAGGAUAUGAAUGGACCCUUUUCUGCGCUGAACAGUCUUCGAAAUCUUUUUCUUCAGGGGAAUCAGAUUCGAUCAGUUACCAAGAAGUCUUUCACAGGACUGGACUUGCUGGAGCGCCUUGACCUCAGCAACAAUGCCAUCAUGUCAAUUCAAGGAAAUGCCUUCUCCCAGAUGAAAAAACUGGAAGAGCUGCACCUGAACACGUCAAGUCUGCUCUGUGACUGCCAGCUGAAGUGGUUCCCGCUGUGGGUGGCAGAGAACGCCUUCCUCUCCUUGGGCAACGCCAGCUGUGCCCAUCCACAGCCAUUGAAGGCCAAGAGUGUCUUUGCGGUCAGCCAGGACGAAUUUGUGUGUGCUGAUUUCCCCAAACCGCAAAUCACAGUGCAGCCUGAGACGCAGUCAGCCAUCAAAGGCACCAACGUGACCUUUGUAUGCUCUGCAGCCAGCUCCAGUGACUCGCCCAUGACCUUCGCCUGGAAGAAGGACAACGAGGUACUGAACAACGCAGAGGUUCACAACCAGGUUCAUCUUCGAGCGCAAACGGGCGAUGGGAGCCAGGUUACUGAGUACACGACCACACUGCAGCUGCGCCAUGUGGAAUCUUCCAGCGAGGGCAAAUACCAGUGCGUCAUCUCCAACUACUUCGGCUCCACCUAUUCCACCAAGGCCAAACUUACUGUCCACAUGCUGCCGUCCUUUUCUAAAAUUCCUAUGGAUCUGACGGUCCGCGUGGGAGCCACAGCCCGGCUAGAGUGUGCCGCUACCGGGCAUCCGACUCCUCAGAUAGCCUGGCAGAAAGACGGAGGCACUGACUUUCCAGCUGCAAGAGAGCGGCGGAUGCAUGUUAUGCCCAGCGAUGCCGUCUUCUUCAUUGUGAAAGUGAAAACGGAAGAUAUUGGCGUGUACAGCUGCACUGCCCAGAAUACAGCUGGCGCUAUAUCUGCGAAUGCCACAUUGACUGUACUAGAAAUGCCCUCUUUCCUGCGGCCACUGGCGGACCGCACUGUAGCAAGAGGCGAGACUGCUGUGCUGCAGUGCAUCGCAGGUGGAAGCCCUCCCCCACGCCUAAAUUGGACCAAGGAUGACGGGCCACUAGCGUUGACCGAGCGCCAUUUUUUUGCUGCUGGAAACCAGCUCCUGAUCAUCGUAGAUGCAGCAGAGGCUGAUGCCGGCACUUACACCUGUGAGAUGUCUAACCCGCUUGGCACAGAGAGGGGGAAUGUGCGCCUGGCUGUCUUGCCAAACCCUAAUUGUGAGACAAACCAGGCAGGCACGGGGUUACUGGGCCCAGCCGGCAGUGGAUCAGAUGAGGAUGGCUGGACUACAGUGGGCAUCGUCAUAAUUGCUGUAGUGUGCUGUGUGGUGGGCACGUCACUGGUGUGGGUGGUCAUCAUCUACCACACACGCCGACGCAACGAGGACUGCAGUGUCACCAACACUGAUGAGACCAAUCUGCCAUCAGACAUUCCUAGCUAUCUGUCCUCUCAGGGAACCCUGGCAGAGCGCCAGGAUGGCUACGUUCCCUCUGAGAGCGGCAGCAAUUACCAGUACGUGAGCUCUUCCUUGGGAGGAAUCUACAUGCAGCCUAAGGACAUGAAGGGUGUUUGUCAACUAGACACAGGAAGUGAAACGGACAUGGAGGUGGCCAUUGAUCCUAUGCUUUGCCAUUUCCAAGGGCCUGCCGGCACACUGAUGAGGAGAGGCAACCUGUAUGGCCCAGAGCCCACAGACACGUAUAUAGGCUGUGCUGCAGAUCAGAGGCUUAUGUGCAGAGAUUCUUACAGUCCAUCGCUCCCCGGCCUAAAAAAGCAAGAGUAUUACACACACACUCCCUCGCUGUCCUCAGACCCUAUUGACUACAUGAGCUCCGGGAUGCUGGUACAUCGUGAGUCGGGAGAAUGUAUCCAGUCACAGCGCCCUUCCGCCUCCUACAUGGGAACUUUUGGUAAAGCACCAUGGAUGUCCCAACAGGAGCAUUCCCCCAGCCUCUGCACUUCAGUCUCUCACAAAGGAGCGACACUUCAUGAAAACCUGCACACGCCCUUCGAUUACGACUCCGAGCGCGAGGACGACAUCUCCACUCAUUCGCUUUCCCAAAAUCUGAAGGCGGACCAAGAUGGCAGUGUGUACGAGCUGCCGUCCGACAACAACAGGACAGUAGAGAGCUCCCUGAGCUCUCAAGCCCAUUCAUAGCACCACAGGCAGAGAAACAGAGAGACUGCACACUCCGUUUAUUUAAAUGAAUUCUACCUCAGCUUGGACGCUUCUUGUGCACGCUGGUUUUGAAUGUAAAAGGUAAAAAUGAAAAUUUAAAAAAAAAAAAUAAAAAUUUUCACAAAUUUGAAAAAUAAAAUAAAAAUGAGAAAGUAUAUACAUUGUUUCUUUUGUACAAGAACAGAUAAAAAAAAACAUAUAUACAUUUUAUAAAGUUACUUUUAUUUUGUAAAUUAACAGUGUAAAUAGGAUCCAUUAUUUUGUGUACUUUUUAACGGGAAGAUUGUUGUCAUGAACAGACGUGAGUCAGAUAAUCAAAACAAACAUAAGGGAAUAGUAAUGGCUGGUCCACCUCUUCUACACAAAGACUCCUUUGUGUUUCUGUGCAGUGUUUGCAAAUGACAGCACAACGUCUCAUGGGUACUUUUCUUUUUCUUCUAGUCAUAAUAUGGCUUGUGUCAUUUUAGGACUUUUACAUUUGCCUUCACCUACCUGUUCCAUCUGCGACUUUGGUUUCUUUUUUAUUUAUUUAUAUAUAUUUUUUAAAAAAAGGAUGUAUUCCAGCAAAUUAAUACAGUGUUUGGCCCAUUUCUGUUUGUGAGUCUGUUUAGUUUCCCAUGCAUAUGCUUUUGGGGGGGUUUUUUUGUUGUUGUUUUUUUUGUUACAAGUAAAGCACCCUUUUGCACAUAUCACUCUUUGAUAAUAAAACAUGUGCUGCUACACAGUCAACAAACGGUUCUGAUUUCAUGUUUAACCUUGUCUUUAAACCUAGAAUAAAUGUCCCUGUUGCUUCUCUUAAAUUCAUGUCAAGCCAGUCAAAUGGGAAAGGAAUGAUUUAUAGAGUGUGUAUAUUCUUCAAAGCAUCUCUGGAAAAGUCUGUCCUAGUGGACUAUUCCCAAAAGUUAACUUGGUCCCUGGAGCACCAGGUCAUGUUUUGAUGAUGGUAAGGACAGCAUGACAUCUCUCAGCUGCUUUUCCUCACCUUUGUUUGGUCUUGGUGUUGAGACUGGUUGUGAGGUUUAUUAGCUUCUCCAAGUUCCACCACAGACCACUAAACAUAGCCAUAAGCUUCCCUAUUCAGCCCCGUACCUAGUAACUUAAAAACACACAUUUAAAAGGUUUUAAUCUUUAAACAGUGUGCGAGUAAACGUGCUUGUGUAUGGGGGUUUAACACUCCUGCUGCUGUGUCCGUGCUCAGUGCUGCGGUUGGGGGUUUUGAUACAUUCUGUUUUGAAAUGUGUGGCUUAAUAAUAAUUUCCUCUAUGAUGGUUCUGUAUUCGGCCAUGAUUCAGGUCCUGGUAGCAUUUUCAUUUCAGUAGGCCUAUCAUAUUUUCCUUUUCUAUCCGAUGGAAACCUUGAGUUACUUUCUCCAAUGCACAGUAAACACUAUAUUUUAUACAACAUGAUAUUCUUAUCAGGCUGUUUCUAUAUACUGCCUCCUGAUGUUGAGUAUUCCAAUCAUAUACCCACUUAUUUUCUUUAUAUAUUUUUUUUCUUUUUAGUUACAUUACUAGCCCAAGGACAAAUCUUUGCCAGUUUGGAGAUGUGGAACACGGUUUGAUCGCCCAGUUUCAUAUAAUGCUUAUUGACUGGUUUCUAUGGAUACCAGGAAUUUUAGAGGAUAGCAUCACUCAG